UUAUUUUACUUGACGCAUCCGUCCGGAACGAAAUGUCUAGUUUUCAGCAAAGUUAUUUGGCUAAGUGGGAACAAAUUCCGGAGUUUUCUUCGUGGCUUUCACGUUAUAAAGAUGACGAGUACGCCGCCUUUUGCAAAGCAUGCAGUGCGAAACUCCAAAGUAGAUUAGCAUCUAUAAAACAACAUGCAAAUAGUGAAAAUCAUAAAUCGAACUUUAAAAAAUACAGUCAAAGUCGCCCGCGCACAACCCCUUUGAACGCACGCACUUCCGCCUUCCGCUUCCGUGUUGCGCGCCACCCGCCGCAGCCCCACACUUCGCGCGUCGUAAUGUAUUCCAAUCGCGAAUAUUAUGAAAUGGUGCAGUGUUACAUACAUGGUGAUCAACGUGACGCGGAGGCCCCAUCUGCUCGCAAAAUUAAAAGACAAUGUGCAGAAAAGGUGCAAGACUCUGUUUGGAGAGGAACGGUUGAUAAAUUUUUUAGAAAGGUACCACUGAAAGACGAAGUUAAGAAAGCUGAACUCCGUUUUUGCAGUUUUUUUGCAGAACACAACAUCCCUUUAAGAGCUAUGGACCAUCUUAGUGAAAUUCUAGUAAAGUGUUUUCCCGACUCCGAAAUUGCGAAAAAAUUUUCCUGCAAGAGGACCAAAGCAGCCGCUAUAACUUAUAACGUUUUAGGACCCGAAUUUGAAAAAGAUAUGAUUGUAGACAUACUUCGUACUGCAUCUCCGUCAGGUAAACCAGUUUAUUCAAUUGUAAUUGACGAAAGUACAGAUGUUGCCACAGUCAAAGUAUUGGCGAUAGUAAUCAGAUACUUCUCUGAAACCGAAUGUACAGUAAAAACCAAAUUCCUUGAUUUAGUUGAUUUAAGUGGUGAGACCGCAGAUCAUUUAUUUAAUGCUUUGUCAUCAAAGUUAUCCGAAUUAGGUUUAGAUAUAAAAGAUGUGUUGGGAUUCGCUGCUGAUACUACGAAUGUGAUGUUUGGUCAACAUUCUGGCAUUGUUGCAAAAAUUAAAGAAGUGAACCCAAAGUGCUUUUUCAUAAAAUGUGUUUGUCACUCUGCAGCAUUAAGUGUUAGCCAUGCUUGCAAAAUACUGCCUAGAAAUUUAGAACAGAUGAUAAAAGAAGUAUAUGGAUAUUUUUUUUCAAAGCAGCAAGCGUCAAAGAGAAUUUGCUGA